AAAAAGAAAAGUUUUUUUAAAUAAUAUUAAAAGCUAUAAUUUACUAUCAUGUUUUUUUAGUAUCUUAUUUUUAUUUAAAUUCUAGAACACCUUUGAAUUUCAUCUUAUUUCCAUGAUACUAUAGACAAGAUUAAAAAUCUGAUUUAAAAAGGAUAAUUCACAAGUUAUGUACGAAAAAUACAAACUUGGGCUAGCAAAAUAUUGUAUAUUUGAGGGCAAGGAUUGGGCUUUAUCAGCAGGCCUGGACGCUUAGCCUGCUUUAUAUUUCUUCUUGUUCUGUAAACCCUUGAGAGUUGAGAUUGCUUUUUCACCUCUUGAUUCUCUAAUCAAAAGCACAAACAAACUCAUAAUCACUGCAAAGAAGGCGCGUCUGCUCAUUCUAGUGUAGUUAUGGCUUAUGUGGAUGAUGAUGGUUCGUCGGGCUCUGGAGAUGAUGUCAACAUGCUGGAUGGACACAACAAACGUCAAUCUGUGACGCCAGGAGGUUCUGGUCGUGGGAAGAGGAGUCGUAAGGCCACUGGUGAUGCCAUUGUGGAUGCUAUGCUGGAAAUUGCUGCUGCUUCUAAAAUGAGGGCAGCUGCUAUUAUGAAGAAUGAGGAUCGGUUUUCUAUAAGUAAAUGCAUCAAAGUAUUGGAUGAGAUGCAAGGUGUUGAUCAACGGAUUUACUUUCUUGCCUUGGAUUUAUUUGAGAACCCCAAUGCCAGGGAGAUAUUUAUCUCACUAAAGAGUGAGAAAAGGUUGCCAUGGUUGCAGGGAAAAUGUAAUGCUACCCCUAGCUGAAUUAGUUUCGAUUGACUCUUUUAGUAGUGUAUUUUUCUUAGUCACUAAUAAUGGUUAUGCUGUGUAUGUAGAAAGUACUCAAGAAACCUCAUGCAGCUGUAACUAGUUUGACUUCAUGAUUAAUGGCUGUUUUGCAAGUUUAAUGAUCUUAAA